AUGGAGGAGGAACUGAAAGAAGCCACCUCUCUAGGGCUCUUAUCAUCAUCACAAGUAGACACUUCUUAUUAUGUCCUGACCGAGUCCUGGUUGUCUCAACAUCUCUGAGGAUUUUUCAAGAGCACACAUUUUGACUGAGUUCACACCAUGAACCACACCAUGAACCACACCAUGGACACGAAGGAGAGAUUCUUAUAUCACUCUGUCGGAUCUCAUGGUGAGAACGUCUUCUUGUCUGUGUUCUACACCAUUGUCCUAGUCCUGUCAGUGCCUGCCAAUGCCAUGGCACUGUGGGUGUUCUGCCACCCAAAGAAUGGAUCCUCUUCGGCCAGAGUCUUCCUCACUCACCUAGCGCUGGCUGAUAUGUGCUACGUGCUGCUCCUGCCCAUGCGUGUGGUCUACCACGCGUCCGGUGGGGACUGGAUCCUCGGGGAGGCAGCCUGUCGUCUGUCUGGCUUCCUGUUUUACCUCAACCUGUACUGCAGCCUCUACUUCAUGACCUCGAUCAGCUUUGAUCGCUUUUUGGCAGUGGUGUUUCCCAUCAGAUCUCUGUCCUGGAGGAAGCCAGCCUAUGCCAAGGUGGCGUGUGCCAUUCUCUGGGUGACCUUGACUGUGUCUAUGGCUCCGGUGAUGGCGUCGAAGCAAACCAUGGCCAUUCCGCUGGGUGUUCACAACGUCACCGUGUGCCAGCAGCUGUACUUGGAGAGGACGUCCCCGCUUGCACUGCGCUCCCUCGCCGUGGCCUUCGCACUUCCCCUCGUCGUUCUCAGCCUGUCCUACGUGCUCAUUUUGUUCAAGCUCAGAGCCGUAAAACGGCAAACACCAGUGCACUUGAAAGCCAAGAGAAUGGUUGUUCUCACUUUGGUCAAUUUCCUGGUGGCCUUUCUACCGUACCACAUACACCGCUUCUUUUACAUCGUGCGUUACAAUCAGCACAAUGUAAGUGAGGAAGAAGUUACCUCUUUGUCACUAGGAAACCGAGUGACAUCAGCUCUGACUUGUGUCAAUGGUGUCAUAGAUCCCCUCAUGUACUUCUUCCUGACUGAGACGUACCAGAGGGCACUGCUGAAGUUGCUGGGACGAGCUGAAAGCGCAAAGACUGAUCAACACUCUAAACCAGGGUCUGGCACGUCUUCAGCUUUUUAAUUUCAGUCCCCUGAUUCAACCUUCCAGAUGUGUGUAUUAAGUUCUGAAUGUAAUGUUGAGAAUCUGCAAAAUCCAUAACCACAUAAUAAAAGAUUUUUGUUUUUUCAGAUUUUUUUUUAUUUAAAAUGUUUUCAUUCAGAGUGUUUCUUUUGAAAUGAGCGUGACGUGUUAUUUGAUCAUCCUCAAAAUGUAUGCGAGGAAAUGUGUUCCUGAAGAGCUUUCCUGCUUCUUGGGGUUCAGGUAUGUCAAGCAGCAACCAACUCUCACUUUAUGUGGGUCACUUUGAG